AUGAGAAAUCGCGACUUGACUGGGAAUCCGUAUAAGUCAGGGAUUGGCAAGACACGACCAGCUGUUCCCGGGGACAAGGCUGAACUCAGGACAACAGCUGUCCGCACAUACUACAAACUCAUCUCGCCGACUUUUAUCAACUUUAUGCGCAUUGACUCGUAUACUUUGGUCGAUUCAGGGGCACGAUACUCCAUCGGUCGAUGUGCAUCGAUUACAUGGUUCCGAGAUGAAUCGCUUUCCUCAGGUCGCUGCAAGACGAUCAGUAUCCUAAAAGGGACUACCGACCGGAGAAGCAGGGCCCAAACCACGCCAAUUGCUUCCUUGACCCCUAAACCCGGAGAGAUGUGGACCUUUGUCUUUGAGACAGCAGGGGGCGGGACCCAUCGGCAGCCAUCAUGGACAACGCUAAAACUGAAUACCAGCAGGGGAAGCCAAUCGACUCAGCUCUCUGAGCUCAUGACGCUGUGGGUGUUCAACUGCCGCGAUCUGCUGGCGCGUUGCAACGUGUGCACUUACGAUGCGUUUGAGGAAACUCGUUACCGGUGUCCGUCUGUCCCAUCCCAUAAUGGUCACGUUUAUGAAACUUUCUGA